AUGGGUUUCUUCCUUCCCUACCUCCAGGUCGCUCGAAGCGCCGGAAAGUCCACUUUCCCCGCUGCCGUCGCUGGUCAGGCCGCUUAUGGACUCCCCCUCGCCAAGUACCCCGUCCAGUGGGUCGCUCCCAAGGAAGAGCCCUCCAUGUACCUCGCCGACUCCCUCUACCCUAAGCCCGGCUACCAGACGUCCAAGAUGCUCAUCCCCCGACAGUUCCUUUCUUACCCCACCAACAACGGAACCUUCUACGGCAGCUGGCGAUACGCUGAGCUCCGAAAGAACCAGUGGCUCUGGUGGACUACCCUUACCGUCAUCAUGAUCACUCUCAUCCGAGCCGGUGAAGGUGGAUCCCUCAACAAGUCGUGGCGAGGACACAACGACUCCUACUGGUACGGAGAGAAGCACGAGCUCCUCCACAAGAUCGAAGAGCUCCAGCACAACCUCGGUCGAAUGGCCCACUAA